CCGAACGAAAAAGUUCAGAGACUUUCUGCAUCUGCUGCAGCUCCGCUCAUCCGCUGCAAUGUUUGUCACAUGUCAUGUCACUGUCAUGUUAUGUUUUGAAAAGAGCUCACGCCUCACAUCACACUCUCAACAAUAAUACAAUUGCUGUAAAUUAAAAAUAAAGUAAACAAUACCAAAAUGAAUUUUGGUGGUACUUUAAGAGUGAAUAAAUUCGCAUGUUUUACAUUAGGAUUUAUACUAUUUUUAAUAAUUUAUUGGCGGACUGGUAACGCUGGUUUUCCUAUGGAGAAAACCGACCUUAUUAAUUUAAAGAGUUUAUUAAAAGCGGCUGUUGUGGCCGCUGAGCGGGGUGGUAAGAAGGUGAUGGAUGGGAAGAGCCAUGAAUUAAAUGUUAAAAGCAAAGGUAAAACGCUGGAAGGGGCGAACGACCCGGUUACCGAUGCAGAUUACGCUUCGCAUUGCUUAAUGUACUAUAGUUUGAAGAACACGUUCCCGAAGCUGACGGUGGUUUCCGAGGAGCACACAAAGAGUGGGACGAGCUGUGAGGACCAGCCUGCGAUUGAUAUCGAACAGACUCUGCCAGGGAACAGUAUAGUGGAGUACAUGAAUGAUGAGCUGGUAUAUGUGAAGGAUGUCAGUGUGUGGAUCGACCCCUUGGACGCCACGAAGGAGUACACAGAGGGUUUGUACGAGUAUGUGACAACCAUGGUGUGUGUGGCUCUGAAGGGGGUGCCUAUUAUAGGGGUCAUACACUACCCCUUCAUUCCUAAAACUUACUGGGGCUGGUAUACCAAGAAGCCAUCAACCAACAUGCCCAAAGCGACCCAUAAAGAGGAGAACAAAGAGCAUCCUCGAGUGGUGGUCUCCCGCUCACACCCCGGCAAGGUGUCGGAGCUAGCGAUGUCAGCGUAUGGGCCGAAGACCACGGUCUCGUCAGCCGCGGGCGCCGGCUACAAGGUGAUGGAAGUCGUCAACGGUACAUAUGACGUGUACCUUCACGCCACAGCUAUUAAGAAGUGGGACUUGUGCGCUGGCGACGCCAUCAUUAAGACUGUCCGAGGUAAGAUGACGACGAUCAAAGGCGAGAACAUCGAUUACUCAGCUGACAGUGAUGUGAAGGUCUCAGGAGGUAUCCUUGUGACCAGGUUCGACCAUCAGUACUAUGUGGACAAGUUACAAGUUGUGUUGUUAAUCUAGCAACAGAAGGUUGUUGGGAUGUGGUUAUCAAAGAUGUAGUGCUAAGCUCGACUGGGUAUAAAAGUAUUUAUUUUUAUUGUGUCUAGUCUUGUGGCACAUACUUAGUACUCAUCAUACUAGUUUAUAGAUGACUCACUUGAAAGUUUCCAGUGAAGUUUAAUUUAUUAAUGUUUUAUCAAAUUUUGGAGUAAUUAAUGACUAAGCUGAUAUAGAAAAACAAAAUUGUGGGCUUGGGCUGUGAAAUUAAUGAUGGAUUAAAAAAUAAAGGUUGUAACUAAAAUGUAAUGAUACGACAAAAAUAAAUGCCUUCUAUAGCACCUUAAUUAAAAUUAAAAACUUAAAUUCCUUUCCAUUCCUGCAUUUUAGAAUACCUACUUACACCUAACAUUUAAUAAGUUUGCAAGUUUUUUUUUUCUAUUUAUGUAUUAAUAUAAGUUUUUAAACCUGUCACAAAUUCAAACAACUUUAUGGCAAAUCUGACUACAAUUAUCAGUAAACUUUUUAUUCCUCGGUUUGCUGUUAAGUAUUUGCGCGGGAAAUUAGGGACAACAUAACCUAGUAGAUCUGUAAAAUAUAUUUUUAUGUAAAUCCGAUUUGUACAAAUGUUUGUUGUUAAGUAAUUAAGUGAGAGACUUAAAAUGUUUAACUUAUUUAUUUGUACUCAUUAUAACGAAAUAAUAUUAAUUAAUUAUUUAAAUAAAUUAGCUAGUACUUAACAUAAGUAUGUUGUGCAAUUUACGAAACUCGAAUCAUGUGAAUCAAAUUCAUUUUUGGAAAUAGUGGUUGUUUAUAGAAUUAUGUUUAUUGAAGUCUUCUUUUGAAUGUUUAUUUUAAUUGUGGCUGAGUCAACAAUUUACAAUAAUAUAUGACUCCAUUAUUGUAAAGAAUAGACCAAUGGUUCGACAGGGAUGUGGAAUAAAAAUGCUAGGUAUUUGUUUUGCUUUUGUAUUGUCUUUAAAAUUAUGGGAUGAUGUCAAUUGAUUAAAAUAUUAUUGCAUGAUACCUACGUAUCUAAAAUGUUUCAAGUUUUAGAGACCUAACCAAUGGAUUGAUUUUGUGUAAUAUACUUGUGGGAUCCUAAAUCUAUGCAAAGGUACCAUAGGCCAGGUUAGGCUCCUUGACCUGUCUCAAUUAUUAUUUAUUUUAGUGUAUAAGUAUAUUCUGUCAUUAUUUGUGUUUUGUGUCAUAAUAUUACUUAUUUUCGUGUUUUGUCUUUAAAUGGGUUUAAUCAACUGCAAUAUUCUUCAAACUUUUUCAAUUUAUUUUAAAAAUUAAAUUAUUUUCAUAUUAAAUGACAUUUGUUGUGCCUCACACAUCAAUAUAGUGUGCAAUAAUUUAUAGGUAAAUGGAAUAAAAUUACGAAAACAUGUUUAA